GCUCCAAGGUCGAGGCUCGAAUCAACCGUCUUGCCGAAGCUGCCACCGGAAUCGACUCUGAAUCGUCGAGAAACCUGCCCCAUUCUUAUUCGCAUCUUCUACUCUACCAACGGUCAGCACACACCACUCUCCCUCUUUUCCAACGGAAAGCUCCCACACCCCGAGAUCCAAGUGAACACCUGGUAG